GAUUGCAAAGUGUAUGUUUUAUGUACAUGUGGACAGCAGACUUGAAGAAGUGAUUCAAAGUGGACAUGUAAUUAUAUGUAAGCAAUUGUAUAGUUCCCAUCCCUUUUUCCUGCUAAAAAGGCCAUUUUCUCUUCUGCAGCUCUGUUUCUCUUACGGGGUGAGACUUUUUCACUCUCGUAGUUCCACACAUAGAUGCGAAUGCUUCAUUUGCUGACCAGACAUUUCACCAGGUCUCUGAGAGCUCUAGUCCCAACUUACCGGGUGGCCAUGGUCGGCUCAGGUCCUGCUGGAUUCUACACCGCAUACCACCUCUUGAAAAAGUCCCCGACAGAAAAGUUCAACAUCAAGGUGGAUUUCUUCGAAAGACUACCUGCUCCAUAUGGCUUGAGUCGAUACGGAGUGGCUCCCGACCAUCCUGAAGUCAAGAACUGCGAAGAGUACAUGAAUGAUAUCAUGGAAAUGAAGGACCGGGUCCGGUUCUUUGGUAAUGUCAAUAUUGGUGAAGAUAUCUCCAUUAAAUAUCUCCAACAAAACUACCAUUCAGUAGUAUUGUCUUACGGAUGUGUCAACGCCGAUGCCAAAUUGGACAUCCCUGGAAGCCAUCUACCAGGUGUAGUGUCUGCCCGCCAGUUUGUCAAUUGGUACAAUGGACAUCCUGAUUUCUACUCCCACACCAGCUUCGAGCCUCCACCACUUCACAAGAUUCAGAAUGUUACAAUCAUAGGCAACGGGAAUGUCGCUUUGGACGUCGCACGAGUGCUACUAGCUGACCCCGAAUCACACUGGGCUCCUACAGACAUAGCAGCUGAUGCAGUGGAGGUGUUGAAGACUAGUUCGGUGAAAACCGUCAAUAUUAUUGCCCGUAGAGGUCUUCUUGAAAGUGCUUUCACCAACAAGGAGCUAAGAGAGUUGUUAGAGUUGAGCAACACCGGGAAGGUCAGAUUUGUACCUGUGAGUGACGAUAUGUACGAUGCUCUUGCUGGUUUUGUGAAGAAGUUGGAUAGAGUCAAUAAGAGAAGAGUUUCAAUUCUCGACAAGUAUUCUAAACUUGAGGUGUCAGACAUCGAGGCAGAGAAAUCCUGGUCACUUCAGUACUUAAAGACGCCUGUUGCGUUUGUGGCCAGUGAAGAUGAUCCUCAGCUUUUAUGUAAAACUAUUUUCUCGAGAAACGAAAUAGUGCCUGACAACGACGGGUACAAAAUAGUCGCUUCUACCAACACCGACACCGUGGAGCUUGAGAACGACUUGGUGAUUCUUUCCAUCGGAUACAAGGGCUCGGCUCUCAAUGAAUUUGAUGCUAAUGAAAUGACUUUUGAUGACAGACAGAAUCGAAUUCUCAAUGGCGGUGGAAGAGUGAUUUCUUCCCAGACCUCCGACCCAAAACUGCCGGUGUAUAAGGCUGGGUUCUACACGUCCGGUUGGAUCAAAAAUGGGCCUAAAGGGGUGAUUGCCUCCACUAUGAUGGACUCUUUCGACACUGCUGAGAACAUGAUUCAGGAUCUCGCUAAUGGCGUACACACCAACCCAACUUCAUAUGAGGUGGACGACAAGUUGGCCAGUUUGAACUAUGUCUCGUGGUCCGGCUGGCAAAAGUUGAAUGACUUUGAACUAAAGGACGGGGAGAAAAAGGGAAAAACCAGAAAUAAAGUGUGUAUUCCAGAGCUGAUGUUGGCUAUUGCUUGUAAAUAAUUGUAUAACUAACGUUAGGUGCAACCAGUGAUUUUCACAAAGUAGGAGGAGUGUGCCUCCUUCUCCUGGAAUAUCGGGUUCAAGUUCUGGAGAAUCGCUGGUUUACUGUAGUCCAUGUUUGAAACGUCCCAGGCGUACAGAGACAUUCCCUCGCGAAGUAUGUUUUCUGGAGAAUGAGGAAGUUCUGGUUUGUUAAUCACAUAUUUCACUCCACCGUGUCGGUAAACGCUGGUGGGGGGAAGCAGAGGCACAAUAUCGCCUUCAUGAACCACUCGGAUGUAUCCGUGGUGCAAUUCUUUAUGUUCCAAGGACAUGGCUGCAACUUUCUCACUCUCAAAUAAAGUGUCCACAA